UUCAUGCUUCCUGCUGCUGACGCCUUCGCCUCGCCGCCGGAUGCAACUGAAGGUGCGCACUAUCCUAAACCUCGUCCAUUGCGCUCUGUGACUUCUGCUGGGAAAGAGACUUUCUAUCUUUCCAGCGAGGAGUCAGUAGGGUCUUCGAAUGGCGAGUUAAGUUCGUUGCCUAAAAUCUUUGCAGGUGUGUUGCGCGAUCUGGGGGUUGACCCAGAGGAGAAGAAGAAGAAACCUUCGAAGAAGAAAAAGAAGGCGGAUGUUGAAGUGACCAGCAAGGGUCCUGGCGCCAGUCGCGCAACUACUGCUGCUGUCAAAGGUACGCUUCGCCUCCGGCAACGUGACUUAGACGAUUACGUGAUAAUCAGUGACUCUUAUGAAGGUUUAUCAUAUGCAGCUAUGGGAAAGACUGGCGCUGGUGGGUCAAAGGGCUCUGGGAGCGCGGGUUCUCGUAACCCGGAUGCUGACGCAACUCCAUCUCAACCUGAGGAUGAAGAAGAAGAGGAAGAAGAGACUGCCCCGUUGAUUGGAAGAAAGAGGGGUAGAAGCGAGGCGACAACUGGUAUGGCCUCUGCGCCUGUUUCAGUUGUUAUUCCCGUUGUUGGGAAGAAGAGCAAGUUGCGCUCGUUAUACCAGUUUUCUCCUGAGAUCAAGAAGAAGACCCCUGAAAAGGGGGUUAAGUUUGUUGAACCCAGCACGAAAAGACCUAAGGUUGCCACUGAACCUUCCGAUUCUGCUGCGCGUGAUGCUGCGAAAACUGCUGAAGCGCAGCAAAAGGCAGAAGAGGAUCGGAGGAAAGAAGAGAGUAGGAUUGCUGCGCAGAAGAAGGCUGAAGAGCUAAAGCGCAAAGAAGAGGAAGAGAAAAAGAGGAAGGAGGAGGAGGAGAGAAAGCUGGAGGCGGAGAGGAAGAGAAAGCGGAAGAGGAGAGAAAGCUGA